GGCUUUGUUUAUUAACUUUCUGCAGCUGUAACUAAUGGGACAACAAAUGAUACACAAUUACCCUAGGUACUCAGAUGUGCUGAAUCCAUUAAUCCUAAUAUCACUUUAUAAGUCAGACUUCUUGUUGCAUGAACACACCUCCUUACAGUCCUUGUCAUUCAUACCUGAUUACAAAUUUAUGGCCAGCCUAAGUCUCACUAGUCAGUACUUAAAUGUGUCACCUGCAUCAUUUAUUAUGCAUAAAAGUAGUUUUACCAGAUGUGCAGGCUGUUUCCUCUCUCUACUAGGUUGAUUAGAUUUGUAUUGGAAUUAGUGAUAGUGUUACAGCACAGUUAAAAUGCACAAAUGUCACACAAGUCAGUGGGCUGCCUGUAGUAGUUUGUUCUUCUGAUUCUGAGGGGGAAUCUCGGGAUCUUAUUUUUUUAAUGAGUAAAAUAAACAUAACCAGUUUUAUUAUCCCUAACACAAUCAUUCAAAGUAUUUGGAAAAACAUCUGUCCUUAUAGGUAAACACAUGUGUUUAUUUAGUUUUGUGGGAUUAAUAAAGGUUUAUCCUAUCUUUACUUAUUGUUUAAUAUGAUUGUUCUAAUACAUUUUACAGCUAACCAUUUCAGUUAGAAAAGAUUGUAACACAAAAAGUAUUGAACAAUAACAUUUUUUAAAUAUUUAUUGACAUAGCAGUAGCGUUGUUAGUUUAACAGCAAAUAUUCAUAAUGUGAAAAGACAGCAGGGUGAGAUUUGUCGUCAGAAAAUGUACACAACAAGAUCAGAAAAGCGAUGAGACAAACUGCUUCUUCACGAGAGUUCCUCAAAAUUAAACAAAUCAAAGGGCUCCACAGAGUAGCUUUAAAAAAAGAACUAGACAAUAAUCCCUAUUUUAGAACUACAGUCUAGCUGGCAUACAACCAGGAAGCUCUCGUCUGGCAGAGUGUUGUAACAGUUUCCUCUUUCAGGUCACUUCAGGCCUUAUUAAGUAUCAUUAACCCCUACAUGUCAUGUUGUUAUCAACAGGGCCCCGGUAUCGCUCAUAUACAUGUCAAAUGGAACCUCUAAUGGUGGUUAUUUUCAGUGCUGCUCCCAAGGUACCUUUUAAGUGACUGAGAUGGGGAUUUGACAGGUCUGCUUCCGCACAGAGCUGUGAUUAAUGUGGCCUGUCAGGCUGCUGCAGUGGCGUCAGAUGUUUCCCCCAGACUGUUUCUUCGGGAGGUAACUUUCCCCAAACACAUGAAACAGUAGACAGUCGCUCUUAUAGACUGUCUCAGCCUGAGUGACUACACAGGAAGAGCUGAGGGCUCCUACUUUGUCCGCGGCUGAUUUGGUGGAGGAUUAACAUUGAAGUCCUUCAGUGGAGGCUGUACAUUUCAGGAUAGACUUGUUAGAUAUACUGCUUUUAACACCUUCUUAUUUAUGUGCUUCUCUCCUUCAUCAGUCAGUGGAGGUGUGGUGGCGGCCAGUCAAUCAGGAAGAGGAAGCGCCAGAAGGGAGAGGACAGCAUUCACCAACAGCCAGCUGCUGGAGCUGGAGAAGGAGUUCCACUUCAGUCCUUACCUGUGUCGCCCUCGCAGGAAGGAGAUGGCUGCCGGGCUGAGGCUUACAGAUCGCCAGGUUAAGAUCUGGUUCCAAAACCGCAGGAUGAGAUACAAGAAGGAGCACAAGAAUGCAAAGGUGGCAGGUUUGUCCCCCUACAACCCUUCUACCAGCUCAUGUGCAGACCUCCUGGGCUUUUCAGACACAUGUGUUGUAAGAACUUCCUCCUCUGCAGAGCUGCACUGCGUGGAUUAUGCUCCUGUUGCCUGCAGCAUUGGUCAGUGUUUUCCCCCUGCACAUCUGACCCAUCAGAGCUGCAUACCUCCAUCUGUUGGUCCACCGCUAUCCUGCAUGGGCGGUGAUAGUCAUCACCAUGCCAGCAUUUCAAACUGGCCCUAGAGUCCAAUAUUGGGGGGCUCCUGUGCUCAUCAAAAUCGUCCACUUUCACUUACUUAUGAAAGACUGGAGGAUGUCUGAUUUGCCUCCCUGGGCUGAAAUCCCCAAACACACAUGUUCAGCAUUCAUGAAACAUUUUAAUUAAAAUAUGUGAAUGUGUCUUAAUUAAAGGAGAGCUGCAGUCAUUUGUGUUACUCAGGCUCAGAAACUGAAGAAUGCAGGUCUUUAAACGUGCUGUAUAUACUGUACUUAAAAAGCAUGCACAAGAUGUUCAAUCAAUUUUUAAUGACGUGGGUUGCUGUAAUUUUGUGGCUUUUAUGUUGUUGCAUGUUAAAUGCAUGCGGGAACCAAACAAGGAGCUGGUUUUCUAUUUCCCUCUGUUUUCAUGUCACAUUAGACCUCUUUCUUCAUGUACUUUAAUCAGCCGACCACUUGUGUAAAAUGUUUAAACUGUGAAAUGAGCAGAAUAAUGUUCACAUGGAAUGAUGUUUUUAUUUUUGUUACAGCCAUUAAAAGAAACAGUGAGUCUUUGAUACAGUUUCUUGAUUAAUUGAGAUGUCUCAUACUGUACAUGCUUAUUAAAUGCAUUUGGGAAAUCUGCA